GGCGAGCAGUAAAAGCGGAGAUGAACUAAGUGAACUGCAGCAUCGGACGGGCCACUCCGGAACCACCGCGUUACUGUAGGUUUAUGCGGAUGGUGCGUUCAUGUCCUAAGCCGCAUACUCGUGGUGAUGCGUGUAGUGGCCGUGACAUGAGCCCCACGGGCCGGCGCUGAGCAGCCCCGUGCCCCGUUUAAAGGAGCUGCAGAAAGAAAGGAGGACUCUAUUCAGCCCGGACCAGGGAGCGCUAAUUUACGCCUUUGCCAUGUUGGGUUCGGCUGGUAUUGGUCCUGACUACUAAACAGAGGAUUGUUUCAGCGUCUGUGUGCGGAUGUCGCAACAUGCAGGCGGAUGAGAACGCGUCAAGUAAGCCACAAAUAGCCUGAAAGUGAUGGUCCACUCUGGUUGGACGGGUACAUUUCUGCAGCCGGUAAUUCCACCCUUAUACGGCACGUCUAUAAAUAUCUGUGUUGAAAACCUCCCAGCAGCCACGUGGUGUAAGGUGAGACAUUCCCAUACCAGUACAGCCACCAGUCUGACUUAAUCAGUGGACUCUCAACGUGACCAGUCUGUGCUGGAAUCUGGAAGGACUGUUACUGGAUGGGGGAUUUCUGUGGUGAGUCCCUUAAGUCACCGCUUUGUCGUCUGUUUAAAACUAGCAUGUGCACUUCUUUCCGCGACGGCCUCCCCUGAGCACCUUGCAGUGAAUGGAGAACAUACUGGUCCUGCUCCCAAAGCACCGACAGGAACACGGGCUCUGCAGACGCAAGCUGCAUGUGCCUCGCUGCAGGUUUUUUGCUACAGAGAAGGUUUCUCUUGGUCUUUAAUAGCACCUCCUCCUUUAAUGGGAUAAAUCAACUGGGCUGAUCAGGUUCAAGACCAGAUCAGAAUUAUAUUCUGACUUCCCCAAAACCGCCAGGCCAAACCUUUCCGACCUUUUUCUGUCAAGUCAACUGUCUCCAAAGGCUUCCGCAUGGUACUUUGGUCGAAAGAACAAGACAAACUCCCCGACAUCGACAUGUCCUCCGGGGCCAUUGAGAUGAAGAAGGAGGGAGGCCCCCUGACACCGGCCUUCCUCAACUCCAACUGCUCCGUCCACCCGGUGAUCCUCACCAAGGGCACAGAGGAGGUGAGCCCUGGGACCGGGGUUGAGCUGGAGCUCACAGAAGUCACGUCUCUCACAGAGAAGUCCAACGAAACUGGGGAGGAUGAGGAGAGGCCUGAGAUCGUGGGGACAAUGGACUGCCGAGCCAAUGCCAAAGGCCAGCGGGAGGAAGACGCUCUGCUGGAGAAUGCAAGCCAGAGCAACGAGAGCGACAACACCAGCACCGACCAGAGUCCCGAGCCACCAGCGCCUCUGAAGGAGACCUCCUUCUCCAUUGGUUUGCAGGUGGUGUUUCCCUUCCUGCUGGCUGGGUUUGGGACAGUGGCAGCUGGAAUGGUUCUAGACAUUGUCCAGCACUGGACCGUCUUUACGGAGGUGUCGGAGGUCUUCAUCCUAGUUCCUGCGCUGCUGGGGCUCAAAGGAAACCUGGAGAUGACACUGGCUUCAAGGCUUUCAACAGCGGCCAACAUUGGUCAGAUGGAUACAGCAAAGGACAUGUGGAAGAUGAUCAUGGGCAACCUGGCGCUCAUCCAGGUCCAGGCCACCGUGGUGGGCUUCCUGGCCUCCAUUGCUGCUGUGAUCUUCGGCUGGAUCCCAGAGGGCCACUUCCGGCUGGGCCACGCCGUGCUGUUGUGCGCCUCCAGCGUGGCCACUGCCUUCAUCGCCUCUCUGCUGCUGGGCAUCAUCAUGAUCGGCGUGAUCGUUGCGUCUCGCAAGGUGGGCAUCAACCCUGACAAUGUGGCCACGCCCAUCGCUGCCAGCCUGGGGGACCUGAUCACGCUGUCGCUGCUGGCAGGCAUCUCUACAGGCCUGUACAAGGAGCUAGAGUACAACGACUUCGCCAACCCACUGGUGUGUGCGGUGUUCGUGGCCAUGUGCCCGCUGUGGGUGCUGAUCGCCAGAAAGAUCCCGUCCACCAGAGAGGUGCUGUACUCGGGCUGGGAGCCAGUCAUCAUUGCCAUGGCCAUCAGCAGUGUCGGCGGUCUGAUCCUCGACAAGACUGUGACCAACCCCAACUUCGCUGGCAUGGCUGUGUUCACCCCCGUCAUCAACGGUGUGGCAGGAAACCUGGUUGCAGUGCAGGCCAGUCGAAUCUCCACCUAUCUGCACAUGAAUGGUCUGCCCAUGGGGGACCCCAACCCCACCCCCAGGAAGUGCCCCACGCCCUGCACCUCCUUCUUCGGCUCCACUGUGAAUUCCCGCUCAGCCCGUGUGCUGUUUCUGCUGGUGGCCCCGGGUCACCUUGUCUUCCUCUACACCAUCAACUCGCUGAGAGGGGGCCACACAACGCUCACGCCCAUCUUUAUCACCUUCUACCUGACUGCUGCUCUACUGCAGGUGAUGAUCCUCCUUUACCUGGCAGACUGGAUGGUUCACUGGAUGUGGGGCCGAGGGAUGGACCCAGACAACUUCUCCAUCCCAUACCUGACUGCACUAGGGGACCUGUUGGGGACUGGCUUCCUCGCACUCUGCUUCCACAUGCGCUGGUUCAUCGGGGACAGAGACACUAAUGUGGGCAACUGAAUGCAAGGAAAGACACGCACAGAGAACCAGGACCCAACGCUUCCACAUACACGACAGAGAAGAGCAUCACACGUGUGCCUGAACGUUACCCACUGGAGGCUGGACGUCUGACAGCAGCUGCCCAGCAGUGGACCCAAGCAACACAGACUCCUUAGACCUAAUAACUGACUCUCACUACUUUAAUUAAGGCAAUGAUUUUAGUUAUUGUAAGUAAUGCAUUUGAUAUGAAUCAGCACCUGUUAUACGAUCGGCCAGUCCUCAUUAUUUUCAAUGGGGACGUGGCCCUUUCAUUUCUACUCUUAACAUUUGAAACUAAGACAACAGCAGAAGAGUUCCUCCAAACAAGAUGCAUAAUCACCAAGUGCUACCGUAUGUCACAGGCAGAAACAGUCUCAUGUGAAAUCGAAUGUGUCAUUUCCGAGUGUUGGUUAGAGAGGAAAUGGCACCUCACUGUGCUCAACACUGAGCCGCCACCAGCCAUUUGCUGCUUGGUUGUUGUUGCUGCCCAAGCAUCAGUGAAUGUGAUAGGAAGUCUCUCUCUACCCACAAAUACACCAUCAAUGCACAGCCAACAGCUCAGCGACUUUACAUGUUAGCACAACGAUCCUGAGAACCAAACACUGUGAGGGGAGGGGAGGCUUUCACCAGCUCCCCUUCUUUCUGGUGUGACCAGGCACUAAGGCCAUUCUCUGCAGUUUAUAUCUCUUUGUUAAUUUACCUAAUGACAUGAGGAGGAACAGAGUCCAACCUUAGUGCUUGGUUUUACACAUUCUACAGACGAGGACAUAAUAAAUGUGAGCUCAUCCGCGAAGCCCAGUGUCUCGGCAGAAACCUGCACGUGCUGCUUGAGUCAUGGAGUUUCUCAGACUGUUCUGGGGCCAGCAGAAAGCAUGUGCAGGGCACAAUGUGGAAAACUUGAUUAUGUUUCUGUCUUUUGGUCUGACUCAUUAUUUUUUUAAUUCUCCAAUGAUGUUAAAAUAGUUUUUUUCCAUUUAUCCCUAAUCGUUUUUAACUCUUUGUGAUUGUUGCUUUGUGUGAUGAAUUUCCUGCAGCAACCACUGUAAAGGUGAAGCCACUUCUGUCACGCUGGUCAGAUGCACAAGUACUGUAAGCUGCACAGCGUCUGCUCUGGACCCAGCCCACACGUCCGUCGGACUGACGCUGAGUCGGCGCUAUGCCGUCAGUCUGAGUCUAGACGGGCCUCUGUGACACACCAGGUGCCAGCGUUCUGCCUCUACAUCCAUGGAAAGUUGUGAAUACUUCUAUAGGGGGCAAGUAAUGCUUUGUCUAUUUAUUUUUAGAAGCACACAAAGCAAAUUGUACAUACUAUAUUUAUUCUAUAUAUAAGGUUGUUUAUUUUGUCAUUUAAUUUUGGCUCGUGUCAUUUUCUGCUUUUCUUGUAUGUGUUUUUUUUUUUCUUUCCAAAAGGCCAGCAGAGCUUUUUGGUGAGGCUAAUGAAUAGCACCGUGCCUAACCCCACUUAUUAAACACCUCAUGCAUAUGCACACACACACCCUGUCUCAUGCAGGGAGGGCUACAGUACUCACAAGUCAUGGACAGGCCUUAACCUCGACUCAGCGUAACCAAUCAGGAGCUAGGCUCGCCCCAGAUAGUGUCUCCUUAAUUAGCUUUGAUUAAUAAAAGAUGACCACUUGUUUGAUUAUGAUGUGUAAUGUAAUAAUGACUUCUAUGGCAGGGGGAGAGAGGGGGCAAGAACCUCAGCAGGUUGGGUCUCCUUGAAUCUGAAAGGUCUCAAAUCAAAUGAAGUACAAGCCUGAACAAGCAAGUGCACAAAGCCAGUAAGUGAGAGUCCUUGUGAUUCCAGAUGUUCCCCCUUCAACAGCCUCGACGCCUUGUUAACCACAGGGAAUCACAGGGAACCAGUGGUCCUCACACGGACACAUCAAACACGGAGACCGGUUUGUUUCCUGUGUGUUCCUCCCUCUGCACUGUUUUUUAAAUUGCUGGAAAUAAAGGACUAUGUCAUUUCA